CUCAGUCGUCAUUCCUAAAUUAUAAACUGUGUACUAUGUUUGACAAAACUUGAUGUGCAUGCAUGAAGUACAAGAGUUAGUGGAAAUUGGCUCAAAAGAAUUUCUAAAUGAAGAAUAUGACAAUGCACGUAAUAAUUUUAAAUUGGCAUUGAAAAUAUUAGAAAUCUCGGAUUUAGAGAACGUACAAAAUGUUCAAUAUAUGAUACAAUACUUAUUAUCUAUAACUUUAUUGCAAUUCAAUAAAAUUGAAGAUUUAUUGAAAGCAUUAGAAAUUCUAAUUAAUUUAGAAAAAAGUAUGGAAAGUAAAUAUCCAAUUGUUUAUAAUGGAUUAGCAAAAGCAUAUAUUAAAUUAUACAGGUUCAAUUUGGCUCUCAAUGAAAUUAAACGUGGUUUCGAUAUUAUAAAUAAAGGAAUAGAUUUUGAAACAUUCACUGCACCACCAACAUGUAUUGAAAAGGAAGCUACAAAAGAUGGUUUACUGCUUAGUUUAUUGGAAUUACAAGAGACCGCAUCAAAAUGGCGUUGUCCAGAUGCAAAAUGUGCCUUAGAAAAUUGUCAAAAUAUUAUUCCACAUUGUCCAAUCUCCAAAGAUAUAUAUUACAGAUCUGAAAGAGAAACAUCGUUAAAGAAACUAAUGGAAUUACGAAAAAAUUAUUUUGGUCCACUUAUAGAUGAGGAAUAUCGAAUCGAUUUCGAAAAUAAGAAGAUAGAAGAUGCGUGUCAAUUCAAUCGUUUCUUAUUGGAGAUUUUGUAUGAAUAUAUUAAGUCAAAAAGGAUAGUAUGUAAAACGAAAUUAAUAUCAAAGUGGCAUGAAACAAAAUUAUUGCUCGCGGAUUCUCCAGAGAUACAAACAUUUUUAGAUGUAAAUAUAAUAAAUCUCUUACUUAAACACACAAAACUUGUAAUGGUUGGAGAUUAUAUAUGUAUUCCAGAAGCUUUAGGAGAAGUGCUCGAAAUGUUUGAGAAUGAAUUAAUUGAAUCUUACAAAGCAUUGACAAGUGAAAUCUUUGAAAUAGAACGUGCACAAUCAACAGAUAAUAACAUGUUAUCAUCUGAAAAUGAAGAAGACAGUUGUACAGAAGAGAAAUCUCCAGAAGAAUAUUUGGAAGUUUCUGACAACUCGUUAGACUCAUAUGAUAAGAAUAGCAAUAUGAAUUCUGAUAAUAAUAUGAAAGAAAAUGUUCGUAAAAAAUUAUCAUUUGUUCCCAGCGAAAACGAAUAUUUUGUUAAUAAUAAUUAUCCUGGAACUGACGAAAAUGAGUAUGCUAUUGCUGUAUUUGAUGAUAAAUUAAAUGAUAAAACGUCAUGUAAACAAAUCGAACAAACUUUUGUAGAUAGUUUUGUACAAAAAUAUUUUAAUAAUCCAUUAGAGAAAUUUCAUCCACAAAAUCUAAGCACAAUCUUGGUUAAUGUACUUUCAAAUGACAACAUGAACGUUGAAGAUAAAUAUGCAUUAUUAGAAGAGUUUUACUAUUCAGUUGUACAAGAUACUAUUAGAAGUUCACAAAAAUAUAUAAAUGAGGAGAAUUAUUUAAAAUCACAAUCAAAGAAAGCUAAGCAAUAUUGGGCUACAAAAUGCAACGAAGUACAGUCAGAAACAUUACCAUCAGAGAAAAUAAAAGAUGAGCAACAUUAUCAAUUACUAUUAAAAAAUCAAGAUAAGAAAAUAAAAGCAUUAACAAGUGAAAGACAAAAAAGUAUUGAGAUAAAACAACAACUUGACAAUAAAAUUAAUUGUUUAAGUGACAAACUAAUUGCUAUGCAUAAAGAUAACCACGCAUUGAAAAAGGAAAAAUUUCUAAAAUCAUUAGAAUUGGAAUAUUUUCAUAACAAAUUUGACUUGCAAGAAGCCUAUUAUUACACCCACGCAGCAGUAGUUCUCUUAUCUAAAAUAAAUAAUUUUAUUAAAAAGUAUUGUGGGUUGAAUAUUGAUUCAGAUCUUAAUGAAUGGUCGUCAACAUAUAAUAAAACAUUGAAUGCAAUUCAAGAACUUCAGUUGGAAUUUGUGAGAGUUCAAUCGUGGAUAGAAUCAAUGAAAGUAGGUGAAAAUCUGCUUAAUGUAAAUAUGAAUUAUAUACCGCAACCUAAAGUCCCAUCGAAACCUUGUUCUUCCAUUGUAAUCGAAGCUUUCACUGCGUUAUUAUAUAAACAUACAACAAACCUUUCGCAAGAUUUGUCUGGAUUACUUUCUAUAUUGUUGUCCUAUUCAACAUCAGAUAUUUCUGAAUUAAUACCUUCCCAUUUAUCAACAUUAAGGGAUUAUCUUCUUCAUAUUAACAAUUCGAAAAAUAAUACUAAUGACAAGUUAAGUGAAGCAAGAAAUAACGUCGAAAAACCCGAAGAGGUGGAUUUGAAACAGAUAUCGGAAACUAUUGACAACUUCAAUCAAAUAUUACAAUCAUGUAGUAAUAAACAAUUGGGAGCAGAAAAUACUCAAAUUGAAGAUGCCCCAACAAAUGAUAUAGUUAAGAAUAAUAAUGUCUUAGAAAUAUCUAACGAUAAUAAACCGACAUUAGGUAUGCCUAUUACAAUAGCCUCUAAUUUAUUUAUGAAACGCGAAGAUUCCAUGGAAAAUAAAACCCAUGAAACUAGCGAUACAACGAUAAAAGAAGAUAAUAUUAAUAUUGAAGGGAAGAACAAAGAAACAGAAAUUGACCUUACUGAUGAAUUAAUAAAUAUACCAUUAAAAAAUAAUGAUCAUCAUUUUGAGAAUUUAAAUGUAAAAUUUGAUAAUAAAUCAUCAUUAUCAUAUUAUCUCAAAAAUGAAUUUAUCCAAGAUCCACUAAAUGACCAAAUCAAAAAUAUUUUUCAAAAGAAAGAUGAAGAAAAUUUGUUGUCAACUGAUUCAAAUAAAACAGUGUUACCAAAAGAAUCUUGUUCUUUUAUGUAAUAAUGUAUAAUAUUAUUUAGCGGUUACUGACAAAAAGGAAUCUAAU